CAAGCACUUAAUUUUCGAUUUCUUUAAAAAAAUGAUAACACAACUUUUUGAUAUAAAAUAAGGUGAUUUAAACUUCAAUUUCAAGUCAGUCUACACACUUUUUGAUACCUUCAACAUCAACUUUUUUUGGGGCAUCAAAAAUGAAGUCGAUUUUUGUGAUUUUGGUUCUUUCACUCUUUGCUUUAAGUGAGGCCAGAUACUUCAAAAUUGGAUACGAUCAACAACCAUUGCCAAGCAAUCCAAAUAAAGCAUAUGCAAGUAGAAUUGUGAAUGGUGAACCAGCUGACAUUGCUGAGUUCCCACACAUGCUUGUCCUUUUGGAUUUGACUGUUGGAGGAUUCAUUUGUGGUGCUUCAAUCAUCAGCAGAACAUGGACACUCAGUGCUGCUCAUUGCCUUGAGUUCAAUGUCCCAGCAAACCUCAUCAACUUCCGUGCCGGAUCAACAAACAGACUUUCAGGUGGCACUGUCUAUAUUGCUGCAUCUUAUCAUCUCCAUCCUCAAUAUAACACAAGAACUUUGGAAUUUGAUGUUGCUGUCGCAAGAACAACUGAACAUAUGGAUGGAAUUAAUAUCACUCCUGUUGCACUUCCACCAAUUUGUAAUACAAUUUGUUGUACAGUUUGUGAGAAUGUAGCUGUGACUACAUCAGGUUGGGGACGUAAUGAAGCUGGAAUUUUCCCAGCGAAUCUAAUGCAAUUGACAAAACCAAUCCAUGAAUUCAAUGACUGUGUGAGAAUCUGGGCAACAUUCAGAAUUGUAAUUACUGAAGACUCAUUCUGUAAAUCAGCUUUCGACAGCAGAGACACAUGCAAUGGUGAUUCUGGAUCUCCAUUGGUAAUUGGUGAAGGCGCUAAUAGAGUUCAAGUUGGUGUUGUCAGUUUCGGAGCUCCAGUAUGCGGAGACAAUAGCCGUCCAAGUGGAAAUGCAAGAAUUGAACAUCCAGCAAUCCGUUCUUGGAUCACUAAUAUUAGUGGCAUUUAAAUGACUUUAACCUUUGAAGCAAAUAAAAUUUGAAACGACUUUUCGAUAAACU